AUGAUGAGCACUGGAAAGUGGAAAGAACUUGAGCCGCAUCCCCGGUAUAUUGAAGACCUUGCUGUCGUCAGCUUGCCUUCAGGAGCUCUUUUGACAAUUGGAGGAAAAGACAGAAAGCCAUGGCAAGACACAAACGAAAUCUGGCAGCUAAUGAACAACAACUGGUCUUUACAUGGCUUCUUGCCAAAGCUUGUUACUUUCCCAUCAGUCCUCAUGAUCGCUGACAGUAUCUUUGUAUUUCCAGGCGACAUGACUACUGAAGUGCGUCUCAUUCAAAGAAUUAAUCUAGACUCGAACGAAAAUAUCGUUUUCACGAAUGUUGUUGGAGAAGUUCCGAAAGAUAGCGGCGAAAAACCUCUUCCGAAGAUAGAGGAAGAUAUAGUCCCGAAAAAUGAAGGGACGCCGCUAGAGAUGGGAAAACGUCAUAAUCUAGCCCCGAUCAAGGAGGAAAACGAACCUCCCGAUGCUCCAAAAAGAGAGCCACUGGCCAAUGUAAAAUGCUUGGAAUGUCAUUGUGUUGGAACAGUCAUGAAGACGAAGGAUGAAGUAGUUCUCCGUCCAAACACUGUGAAAAAGACACUGAUCGAUCUUGGUGGAGGGCUCUUCAUGCCGAAUAUCAAUAAAGUGAAACCAACAGUGAAGAUUAUCAACCAGAAGGCAAAAGACUUCGUGGAAGGCUUUAAUGAAACUAUCGACGGUGGUGACGAAAAUCGAGAAAAUGCCGGAUUCUUCCAAAGAUCAACAAAAAGAGUUCGAACGUUCAGAGCGAGAUUUGCGCGAGGAAUGGAAAAUGCCAGACCGGAAAAGAAAAUGAAGCUGGCAAAAAUGAUUCAAGCAGAAAUGGUGAAGACCCCCGCGCCGGAAAAAUUCACGGGCUGGUUUUCGGAUGAGUUCGAAAAACAUGCUUUUUGGAAGUCUGAAAAACGCUUUUCUCUUCAUGGUAACAAAACAAUGCGCCAAUUAGCAGUUUACAUGGUUUUUGGUUGCUUUUUUUGGGGGAUUAUCGUCGGAAUAAGUAUAACUUUUUAA